UUUUGCAGACUUGUAUCUGCAAUGUUUCAAAUUCUAAAACACAGGGUUCAGCGUGCAAUUAAAGUAACUAAUACAAAUACACAAUAAUGAACACUAAAUUUAAAGAUAAUAAUUAAAGUACUGUAUGUAGAAAGUAAACAUAUCUGAAGUCAGCAUCACAUUAGGAGAAGCAUUAAAGACAAAUUAUGAUACGAUAUAGGAGUGUCGCUGUAACGUAUGAUGCAUGCAUCAUAUCGGUAAUAGGAAGUCUUGCAUCAUGAUGACAACCUGGCUUUUCAUUUGAUGAAAGCCCACUUUUAGGCGUUUCUUAAAAUUCGAUUUAAGCAGAUUUUUAUGAACCUAAUUGUAAAUGACGCAACUGUAGUAGAUUUCUACAAAAUGAUUAGCAGCUAUUAUAGCAUAGAAUGAUAAUUGCCCAGAGAAUACCCAUAGAUCUCCACAUUUAUAAGAAGAUCAUAUAUCAUUCUACACACACCUCUCUCCCCCCCCCCCCCACAUACUAAGUUAUAUACAUGUUACUGUUUGAAAAUAAUGUAAAGAAUACAGAGUAAUGGUUUUGUGUCAGAUAUUGUGGUUAAUUUCUAAAUAUUUGAAAUUUUUCAUUAGUAGUUCCUUGUAAAAAAUCUAUAUUUUGUUAGGUAAAAAUCAAUAAAUGACUAACUACACAACGUUACAUGAAUUUCCAAUUAUCGUAAUUUUCCAAUAUUAUAAUAAAACAAAAUGUUUUAUUAAACAGAUUCCCCACAGUCAUAAUGAUGAAAAAAACUUAACAGCGAUAAAGUAAAAAUGACACCAUGUAGGUGUCAUAUUCAAAGAUCAGCACUGUUACCAAUCAAUAAUGUGAAAUAUUGUAGUUAUAUAUUAAUCAAUCAGAAACGAUCAGCUAGUAGGUAACUUGUAUAUAGGAAGGUUUAAAAUUAAAAUAUCUCAUCGACUUUUAUACUUAUAACGAACACUACAACUUGUUAGCAUUUGUAAUGUAGUUUUCAUCAGUUUGAACUAUCAUAAUGCUGUUUGUAGCAUUAGGAGGAUGAAUAAUUUUAAUUUUAGUGGUAGCGUUCAUCGGUAGUUGAAACAUAACAGUAAGACAAUAAUUAAUCAGAUUGCAGCAAAAUAUAUGUCUGAUUGUUCAACUCUAGAGCAACAUCUGGUGAAGAAGUCCAAAGUAGAAAAACAGACAACCGGGGAAGAACAGGUGUAACAUAAUGCAUCUUCUGAAAGAAUUGCUAAAGUUGCUGAAAGAUAAAGCUGGAUAAAAUGGAUACUGGUUUUCUGGUAACUCUUAACUUUCCUUGAGUUUCCACAGCAACGGCAGGUGACAGGAUAUCUUUAUUAUUACCGUGAGCCUCAAACCAUGGGAGGGACUCAGCCUGAAACUUGUGUCAGAGGGAGACAUUCCUUACACAAGUAUUGCAACUGCCUUCUGGAUUAUGGAUUAUGUACAUGCCCAGAACAAGGGCAUGUUGGUGGCUGAAUGGAUUAUUCUCUGUAAGAGUGGAGAGAGUAAACCUGUGCUACCAACCAUCACGAUUGACUGUACUUCUGUCAACAAACUUGAGUAAGAUGGUCGUUGGAUCAACUGCAAGUUUGGGAAAAUCCAGUUAAGGCUAAAGGUUGAAGGAGGAUCCCGGGAGAAAAGAGAAGGGGGAACCGAACCCUUGGCUAACUUCGCAAGAGGUAGCUGGUGCACAGAGAAUGGAAGCUGAAGAGUGUGUUCCAGCUAAACCCAAUAAAGGAAAGUUUGCUCAUGAAUUCGUCAAAGAAGGCAUGAGAAGAAAUCUACCUGUUCCUAAAGAAAGUGACAUUGGUCUCUGCCAAAAGGAAGGAAGGGUGGAACAACUAAAUCAAGUAACAAGAAGGUUGAUAGGAGUAGACCACCUGGAGAAAAUGAGAAAAAGGUGUAAAGACUUGUCCGACUCAGAUAAACCUCCACUUUGCAAAGGGGAAGGAGAUUUAUCUCAACAGGACAGGAUAUCACCCUCCUCAAGGAAAGGUAACAAAGUAAUUAUAAGAAUCCUUAGAUCUCAGGUAAUUAACUUGUAUAAGAUGGAACUACUGAAAAUCUAUGAGCAUUAAGUUUUCUUUUAACAUGUUAUAAAAGCAAAUAAGUGCUUUUCCUGUUUCAGGAUUAAUAUUAAGGGAUUUUGGUGGCAGUGGUGACAGAAGUUGCCACCUACCAACUGCCCCGAAUGAGGUAGUCUGUGCCUCAGCCUUCUUGUCAAGUCUCUCAACAUGUUCAUCAUUGGCUUGAACUACUGCAGAAGAAAAAAGGGUGGCAUUGCUCUAUGUAUGUGACAGCAUCACAUAGGGUCUGAUACCCUCUGAGGUAACAACAAUAGAGAUGUCUGUGGGUGGUGGUGUUGUCAGUGACCUCUGGUCUGCUGCUGUAUCAUCUUUUGAGUGACUGGAAGGAGCUGUGCCAGGGACCACUCAGGGUGGCUGUGGAAGUUAUAACAAGUAGUGUGUCUGCCCAGAUGUCUGUGGGUGGUGGUGUUGUCAGUGACCUCUGGCUUGCUGCUGUAUCAUCUGUUGAGUGACUGGAAGGAACUGCGCCAGGGACCACUCAGGGUUGCUGUGGAAGACAGCCGUGUGAGUGUAAGCAACAUUGACUUUCCGGCAGUAACCGUGUGUCCGGUCAAUGUCAUUGACCCCGACAGGCUCCAUCUGUUGAUGACCAGGGUUCUGGGCUCUGGUUUUAGAGAUGAGACAGCCACAAGAUUCUCAACCACACUGAAAGCUCUCACUAUGGUCACCAACCCAAAAUGGGACGGAGGGUACACAUAUUUCCAAUCGCAGAAUGUCACACCAUUUCCAAUCCGAAAUGAUGACAUCAUUCCGUUUUUAAAGGCCGUUACACACUCUAUAGAUGACAUAAUUGAGGUUUGCUAUUGGAGAGGAAGUCAUUUCAACUGUUCCGACAUCUUUAGGCUGCAAAGUACUGAGUUGGGUCUCUGUCACUCCUUCAAUAGUUAUACAUCGCUUCAGUCCUCGACUGAUUCAAAAAUGAACCCUCCAUUCCGCAAUGAAAGAGGGGAGCUGGUAGGAUUCAGGUCCAUAUCUGAAGGGAGAAGCAGCGGUAUUGACCUAAUUUUACACCCCAAACAAAGUGUCAGUUCCGGCAACAUCAUAGUUAGAGCAGCUGUGAACAGUCCACGGAUGUACCCUCCAGUUUCGCAUCUGAGGCCACUGCAGCACCAGCCAGAGGGAAUGUACCGGAUGGAGGUACAAGUGGAAGUGACCAAGGCCCACAGUUCCCUGGGAGCCAUGGACCGAAACUGGCUGCCGUGCAGUCUGAGCGGCUCCGACACCAUGGAGAACUGCCUACUGAGCUGCCGCAGCCGCCACAUCUGGCAACACUGCGGCUGUCUUCUGUACACGCACGCUCUAUUGUUUAACAACGACAAAGUAACGAUAUGUGGAGUCGAGCAGUUUCAAUGUCUUUCCAGACUGACAAUCAGCCUGAACUACGUAGAGCUACGUUACAACUCAGCCAAUUCUACAGGUCUGGUCUGCGACUGUAAGCCAGUUUGUUCGGAGACCAUGUACACAACAAACACACAACUUAUGCCAAGAGAGACAUCGCUGUUCACUUUCCCCUAUUCAGUUCACUUUGAUGUGUUCUACUUUUCUAAGUGGGCAAUGGGAUAUGUUGUCCGAGGGAAGAUCACACAGAGCGACGUUAUAGUGGGUUUGGGAGGAACGAGCGGUUUAUAUCUCGGAGCCAGUUUCAUCAGUUUUAUAGAAGUUCUUGUGAUGGUGGUCAAAAUAUGUUUUCUCAAAAGCUUAAAUCAUACUAUCUAAAAUAACUGUAAUCUUUAUAGGAAGUAGCAUAAAAUAAAUUAAAUUACAUAUUGCAAAUUUUCAAGCUUUAAUGAGCAUUGCAGAAUACAGUUAUGUACUCUUUAACUGAGUAGAGUGAUUAUCGGAGUAGAUAAUCGAUACAGAUAACAAAAUAACACUAGAUAAUUAUUAUUAUGUGUUUAUACUGGUUUUUUAUGAUUUAAUUAUUUUUUAUGUAUUGUGAUUAUUGUUUAAACUUUCAAUUAAAUAUGAGGAAACAAGUUCCAGUUUAUUUUACAGAAUAACUAGCUGACCCGGCAAAUGUUGUUUUGCCAUAUAAAUUAUAUUUAUAGUAUUAUUUUGGUAGAUUAUUUUAGUAGAAAGAUUAUUGUAAGUAUGUGAGGAUGCAGUGUAUGAGUGGAAGAAUGGAGCGUUCUAAACGAUGACGGAAUAUAAAAAUAACAAAACAUCAAACAUUCAUAUUUUCUCACCGUUAAAAUUUAUUCUGUAUAGAUAAUUAUAUUCAUAUAUAAUACUUAUGAUAAUGUUACUAAUUACAUCUAUCCCUUAACGAAA